UCUUCCCUUUUCCCCUUCUACUCUUCCUUUCAUAUAGCAUUUUGAAAAUACUAUUUUGUUUUGUUUUAAAUUUGGUUUUAGGGUCUGAGAGCCAUUAUGUCUUCAAUUUUACCAGGUUUCUUAUCUCAACGGAUAGUUGCCAAUCAUUUACAGACAUUGGAAACUAGAUUCACUCCCUGGGACGACGCAUCAGAUAUAUUCUCCAUCUUUAAUUCACCGGUCUGUCCCGUGGAAGUGAAUCCCGCUGUUGAGAAAACAAACUCAUGUCACAAAAGCGACCCCUGUCCUGAUAUGGAAGACAGACCUUCUAACCUGACCGGUUUGAACGUUUUCUUCCCUAAAAAGGAUGAGCGGGAAAAGAAACGGAAAAAAUCAAACCGGGAAUCUGCUAGGCGGUCGAGGAUGAAAAAACAAAAAUACCUAGACGAUUUGAGAAGCCAGCUUAACCAGCUCAAUACCGAGAACCGAGAACUAGGAAACAAGCUCCGGUACGUUAUGCACCAUUGUCAAGGCGCGAAUAUGGAAAAUGAACGUCUACGAGUGGAAAACCAAAUUCUACAUGAGAAGCUGAUGAGCUUAAGACAAGCUUUGGUGCUGCGACAAAUCCAGCAGAGCUCAACGUGUGCCACUUGGUCGUGCGUUAACAGUACUGUUGUAACGGUCCAUCAGAAUCCGUCAAUGCUGAGAGAUCACGUAAUUUGAGAUUUACGAGAAUAAACUAUACUAUUCGUUGUCGACAUAAAGGAAAUAUGUACGAAAUACUAUUAGUAUUUUAUGUUUAGUUUGUAACUAAGUUUCCAGAAUCAAUGGAUAGGGUAUUUACUACUAAUUAGGUAAAAACUAUUAGUAUUUUUAGUGUUGUAAAUACGU